GCGCAGCUGUUCGGAAUUCAAAUUUAAUUCAGAAAAGUGAUCAACAAUUAACUGUUUGAAAAGUGAAAUGAACAGAUUGUUUUAAGUGUUUAGAAGAUUUGUGCCAUUUUCAAAAUUGUAAUAAAAAAUGACACCAAGAAUAUCAAUCUUUCCAUUCUUCGUCAUAGUACUAGCAAUCCAACAAAUAACCAGCACUGAAGAUGGUUACCUUCAAUAUGUAAAGGAUGGCUGCUUCACGCGAGGGGAAGCCCUGUCCUGCGUCAAAUAUAAAGCUUUGAAGAUAGCAAAGAAAUCUAUAUUUGGCGACGAUUUUUACUCCAAUGAGACUAUAAAAGCUAACAACAUUAUUAGUUUUGUCCCAUUAGAUGAAGACACGAUAAAACGAUUGAUAGUCAAUGAUACAGAAGUCUUAAUUGACAUGCCGAGGAGUAUAUUUUCUGAAUGGACCCAACUUGCACAGUAUUUUAUGAAACUCGUAAAGGAUUUCUUUAAAUUGAAAGGUUUGAGGGUAGAAUUGCCUGAUGGAGCCAGAACUAUCGAAGAGACUGAUAAUGAUGGUCGUGGUCGAAGAAAGAAGCUUGCUCUCAUCGUGCCUCUGCUAACUUUACUGGCUGUGUUUAAGACCAAGGUAUUACUGGUACCAAUCCUUCUAUCAGUGCUGCUAAUCAAGAAACUGCUGCUUAUUGCAGCUCUAUUAUUACCGAGUUUGCUUAGCACGUUGAAACAUUGCAAGCACCGUGGCUAUUCCUACUUCGGAGGCAGCGACAGUUCAGAUUUUAGUUCAGAUUACAACACUUAUGGAUAUUCUACAGGAUAUUCCAAGGAUUGGGCUUUGAACAGAGCCUACAAUUUGGCCAAACAUAGACCGACGCCUGGACCAAUGUAUGGAACUGCACCAGGGGCCGCUGUUUAGCCCAAAUUCUUUUAUAAUAUAUAAUUGGAUAAAAAUCUAUUACUUAAUAAGUAUUUAUUUGUUCUAGAAUUAAGUGUGAUGAAAGAAAAUGAUGAGUUUUUUUAUGUAAAUUCAAUGUCACUAUGAUAUUUGAUGUAACCAAACCUCAGAUAUAAAAAGCCUGCGCUCCUGACUGCUUUAUACUUUAGCGUUUUUUGAUGAUUCGUUUACAUGAGGUUUAUGUAUUACAUUUACAUACGUAUUUCAAACAGUAUUCGACAAUCAAGUGCAAUAAAUCAACUUUAAUUAUUGUUUAAAAUAAAUAAACUAAUAAAUAAAUUUAUUUCAUAUUUCCACAAUCAAUGACAACAAUCAUCAUUAUGGAAUUCUGUACACUCUAUACAAAUUAAUGAAUUUAGGAUAGUUAUAAUAAUCAAUAUAUAUAGAAUAUAUUAGCCACAUAUUCCUUCUUAUUGAAUUAAUAUUGCAUGUUCUUUUGUUUAACUUUAUUUGUUAGCUGAUUAUAACAACGUAUUUGUAAAAUAUGUUAUUGUAUUUGAUAUAACAUCGGAUGUAAUUUUUAUAUUUUUCCAUUUAUGUUACACAUUCUGUUUUUUUGUUACAUGAUUAUGUGUGCAAUAUAAUUCGUGUAGGCAAAUUUUAUCUUUUGACGACUCCGGUGGCCCAAGCUUUGUACUGUGGGCGCUGUAUGAGAAGAUCGCACAUUCGAUUUUGUGAUCUAGGUGUUCUAGGUAGUGGCCCAGAUUAAAUACCGUAGCUCUGGUACUUAUACUAUAGGGAAUUCCCCAGUUUGAGACCACGUAAUUGGUGUGGUUAUUUGGCACAUUAUUGUUAUUAUUUAUUAUUAACGUCAACUUACAUUUUUUUAAAUAUUUUAUGUAAAUUAGAUAACCAAAAGCAUUUACUUUGACUGAAUUAAUUUAAAAAUCUUUUAAUUGUGUAAGUUAAUUUAUUUCUUAAAUAUUUAUGCUAUAUACUUAAGUUGAACACAAUAACUUGUACAAACCUA